CACGAAUAACUCGCACGGCUUGUGGGCGUACUUGAACCUGAUGUCAAUCGUGUGGAAAGUACAGCCCACUACUACAUUUCAGUUUAGGGAAGAGAGUGGCAAGCAAAUAGGCUACAAGAAUGGCUGAAGCCCUUGUCAAGAGAACCUUACCACCACCACAACCACCCGCUGCAGGGAAAAAACCGCGCUCGGAAUCACAAAUAAAAUCUGAUAAAAAAAGGAACAGGACCAGAGUAAAUAUUGGCACUGCUUUCCAUCGCUGGAGACAACUAAUGGACAUGAAAGAAAUGAGGUUCGACUCUGAACUUGCAACAUUUCUUUUGGAUUGGUAUGAAGGACCACUGUCCUCCACUCCCAUGAAAAAACGGGCAGUACUGAGAGAUCUCACUCUAACAAGCAUCGGGUCAAGUGAUUCUGAUAAAGACAAGCAUGCCUCAGAAAAGGCCAGCAAGGCCUCGGCAGGUGUGGAAGAAUUGGCCAGGCUUGAGUGCAGCCUUGGUGAAAUGAGCAUUGGUGAGGAGGAACAUCUGGAUGAAAAAGCCAUCAAUGACUUGAGGAAUAGCACGAUUGACUGGGCAGUUAACCCUCCACCUGUAAAGGCAUCAGAUACUGAUGAUGAGGAGCAGGACAGCUCUGAUGAAGAGUACAUCCCUCCACUUUCUCUUCGGUUGGGUGGAGCUUUACCAAAUGUUCCAAACUUUGAUGCGCUGCCAGUCAUUGGUUUGGAAGAGACUGUACACGACCUCACUGCAGAUUUUGAGUCUGAACCAUCUACAGAUCCUGACAGCUCCACUGCCUUAGCAGCUGAUUCAAAUGUGCCAACUGUACAGAAGGCAGAGGACAUUGUUGGUGCCAAGGCAUCGAUUGUGUAUGAUGAUUGCUUGAAGUACCUUGCGGCCUUUGUUACACCACCGGUGAAACGGUGCACAGCAAUAAAAGUGACCGGUGCAACAUGCCAACGCCACCCACCAUUCCUGGUGAACAUCAAAGGGAAAGGCACUGCAAGCAUGUUAGAAUGGCUGAUGGCAGAAACGACAUGCCGGGUCACUGCGCAGUACUGUAGUUACACUACAAUGGAAAACGACACAUUGGAGAUCAUCAGUGUAGUCACAAUAGACAAAAGACAAACCGACAGACGGUCUGCCAUUAUGGAGAAGGAGGCCUUCAUCUUGACAAUAGAUCAACUAGUCACUGAAGUUAAACUGGUCGAAAUCUGCACAGAUGCCCACUCACAGAUUGAACCUCGAAUAUGCCAGCAAGCGCUUUGCCUUCAGUCCACCGGUGUACGAAGCCCGAGUCCUUCUGGCAGCCCUGGACUACAACUACCAUCGGGACCGACCUACUCAGAAGAGGGCAGAUGGUACAGAGAUGUACAGACGAGUGUACAAGAAGAAUGUGAAACAGUACAGUGUCUAUGCGCGCAAGACUCCCAAAACCUACAGCUACAUUGGGGAACUACAGACGCUGGUGGUGAGAUGUAGGCUGGAGAGUGGCUCUGAAAUGCCCAGGACAAGAACCCUAAGGCCAGAUGACCCACGAAGGCUUGGUUUACUUCCACCUGUACCACCCCCACCAACGGCAGAGCUUGUACAAAGACAAGUCAGGAGAGGACUAGGACCUGAUUUACAGUCGAGUUCUCCCCAGUGAAGCCAGAAUUGCAGCAUCCAGUGUACGCAUAGUUCAAGCCUCCGACAAAGAGAAGGAUUGGGACCAAUGGGACACCCACCAACAAUCACACUUAUUUAAAAUUAGUAAAUUUUAAUAAUUUUAAUUCCUGUAAUGUUUUUACAGGGUGACUACAAUGUGUGUGUUUGCAUGUUUUGUAAAUAAAAUAUCUGAACUAA